UUCCAGCCCUAGCGCCUCGGCCUUCCCCGGGACCUGGCAGCGCGUUCUUUCUCACUCACCAACACCGGGGAUAUUAAGACUUAGCGCAAACGUCUUUAGGUUUGCAGUUCUGGCUCGCUGGAGACAUAAGCGGCAGCGUGAGCUCCGGGGUCUGGAAACGGGCCUGCGCUGGGUGACAUGUCUGUGGAGAGGUUCCUGGCCGAGCUGUGUGGCACCGACGCGGCACGGCCGCUCCCGCUGUGGGAAGGGGACACCACGGGCCACUGCUUCACCCAGCUGGUGCUCAGCGUGCUUCCCCACGCGCUCCUCGCCGUCCUCAGUGCCUGCCACUUGGGCACCGCAAGGACUACUGAUUACAUCCUACCUUUCAAUCCUGGAUGGCGUGUCCGACUCAUUGCUUCCUUCCUUCUCUCCAUCUUCCCGCUGCUGGACCUCCUGCCAGUUGUUCUGCCACCAGGGUCUCACCCUGGGCCCUUAGGGCUAGAGGUGCUGGCGGGAUGUGUGACAGCUGUGGCCUGGUUCACCCACAGCCUGGCCCUGUGGGCAUUGGUUCAUUCCCCUCAUGGCCGCACCCGUGGACCCUUGGCCCUGGUUCUGGCAGCCUUUCUACCAGCCCCUGCCCUUGUGCUGACCCUGUUGUGGCAUUGCCAACACGGUACAUUUCUGCCCCCACUUCUCCCAGGACCUCUGGGCCGUGUAUGUCUCCUCAUUCUGCAGCUGGGAGCAGUCUUGGCCUAUGGAUUGGGCUGGGCAGCCCCUGGAGGGCCCCGAGAGCCCUGGACUCGUGAACCUUUCCUGUCCUCUGAGAGUCAAGAAACAGAGGUGGCUGAAGAUGGAGAGAGUUGGUUGUCACGCUUUUCUUAUGCCUGGUUGGCGCCCUUGCUUGCGCGUGGGAUCCGUGGAGAGCUCCGGCAGCCCCAGGACACUUGCCGCCUCCCCCGCAGGCUGCAUCCUGCUUACCUGGCCCGUGCAUUCCAAGCACACUGGAAGGAGGGAGCCCAACUGUGGAGGGCCUUGUACGGGGCCUUUGGAUGUUGCUACCUGGCCCUUGGACUGUUGAAGAUUGUGGGAACCAUGCUGGGAUUCUCUGGGCCUCUGCUGCUCUCCUUGCUGGUGGGCUUCCUGGAUGACGGGCAGGAGCCCCUAAGCCACGGCCUGCUCUAUGUCCUGGGGUUGGCCGGUGGGGCCAUGAUAAAUGCUGUGCUAAACAAUCAGUACGGCUAUGAGGUGCGCAAGGUGACACUCCAGGCACGGGUGGCUGUGCUGAGCAUCCUCUACCGCAAAGCCUUGCAGCUAGGGCCUAGCCGCCUUCCUACUGGGGAGGUCCUGAACCUCCUAGGGACCGACUCUGAGAGGCUGCUCAACUUCGCCAGCAGUUUCCAUGAGGCCUGGGGCCUGCCUCUGCAGCUGGCCAUCACCCUCUACCUGCUGUACCUGCAGGUGGGCAUGGCCUUCCUGGCUGGAUUGGUCUUGGUCCUGCUCCUGGUACCUGUCAACAAAGUGAUUGCCACCCGCAUCAUGGCCAGCAAUCAGGAGCUGUUACAACACAAGGAUGCAAGGGUUAAGCUCAUGACGGAGCUGCUGAACGGCAUUCGAGUCAUCAAAUUCUUCAGGUGGGAGCAGGCUCUGGGGGACCGAGUAAAGGCCUGCCGUUCCCGAGAGUUGGGGCGGCUCCGGGUCAUCAAGUACCUGGAUGCAGUUUGUGUAUACCUGUGGGCCGCUCUGCCACUCAUCACCAGCAUCACCAUCUUCAUCACUUAUGUCCUCAUGGGGCACCAGCUCACUGCCACCAAGGUGUUUACAACCCUGGCACUUGUGUACAUGCUCAUUCUUCCUCUCAACAACUUCCCCUGGGUGAUCAAUGCCCUCUUGGAGUCCAAAGUGUCCCUGGACCGGAUCCAGCGUUUCCUUGACCUUCCAAACUACAAGCCUGAGCUCUACUACCGCCCUGAUCCCCCCACGGAGCCAUCCACAGUACUGGAGAUGCAUGAAGCCCUGUUCUCCUGGGACCCGAUAGGAACAAGCCAGAAGACCUUCAUCAGCCACCUCGAAGUGAAAAAGGGCAUGCUGGUGGGCAUCGUGGGAAAGGUGGGCUGUGGCAAGAGUUCACUGCUGUCUGCCAUCACUGGGGAGCUCCACAGGCUAAGUGGGUGGGUGACAGUGUCUGAGCUGUCCAAAGGCUUUGGGCUGGCUACCCAGGAGGCCUGGAUCCAGUGUGCCACGAUCCGAGACAACAUCCUCUUUGGGAAGACAUUUGAUGCCCAGCUGUACAGGGAGGUUCUGGAGGCCUGCGCCCUCAGUGACGAUCUCAGCAUCCUGCCCGAUGGAGACCAGACAGAGGUGGGAGAGAAGGGUGUGACCCUCAGUGGGGGACAGCGGGCCCGGAUUGCACUUGCUCGUGCUGUCUACCAGGAGAAAGCACUCUACCUCCUUGAUGACCCUCUGGCUGCUGUGGAUGCAGACGUGGCCAACCACCUGCUAAACAGGUGCAUCCUGGGAGUGCUGAGCCACACCACCCGGCUGCUGUGCACCCACCGCACAGAGUACCUGGAGAGGGCUGAUGUGGUGCUGUUGAUGGAGGCCGGGCGUCUGGUGCGAUCAGGGCCUCCUUCUGAGAUUCUACCAUUGGUACAAGCUGUCCCCACAGCCUGGGCCGAGGAGGAACAAGUGACUAGUUCAGGCAAGUCCCAGUCAGUGCAGAGCCUGGAGAAAACCACAGAGGUGCCGGAGGUGGAACGGAGCGCGUCUGGUCGCCUAGUGCAGGAAGAAAGCAAAAACGAGGGUGCCGUGGCCCUGCAUGUGUACCGGGCAUACUGGAGGGCCAUGGGCAGCUGCCUGGCCACUGCCAUCCUCAUCUCCCUACUUCUCAUGCAAGCCACACGCAAUGGUGCCGAUUGGUGGCUCUCUCACUGGCUCUCUCAGCUGAAGGCAGCCAGAAAUAGCUCCGAGGAGGGAGCUUUGUCCAGCCCAGACUCUACAGGACUGCUCUCCCCACCGCUGCUCCUCUUCUCUCAGAGAAGCUUCUACAUCCCGCUGUUCAAAGCUGCUUCCAAUGGCUCCUCAGAUGUCCACUACCUCACCGUGUACGCGACCAUUGCCGGCGUCAACUCUCUCUGCACCCUCCUCCGGGCAGUGCUCUUUGCAGCAGGUGUCCUUCGAGCAGCUGCCGCCCUCCACCACCGCCUCCUGCAUCGACUCCUCAUGGCACCAGUGACUUUCUUUGACUCCACACCCACGGGCCGGAUACUGAACCGCCUUUCCUCAGACGUAGCCUGUGUAGAUGACAGCCUGCCCUUCCUCCUCAACAUCCUGCUGGCCAAUUCCGUAGGCCUGCUGGGCCUCCUGGUUGUGCUGGGUUUUGGUCUGCCCUGGCUGCUGCUGCUGCUGCCACCUCUGAGCCUCAUCUACUACCGGGUGCAGCGCCGCUACAGGGCCUCCUUCCGGGAGCUUCGGCGUCUGGGCAACCUCACCCUGUCUCCGCUCUACACCCACCUGGCUGACACCCUGGCAGGCCUCCCCGUGCUCCGGGCUGUGAGAGCCACUUACAGGUUUGAGGAAGAGAACCAGCGACUCCUGGAGCUAAACCAGAGGUGCCAGUUUGCUUCCUAUGCCACAAUGCAGUGGUUGGACAUUCGGCUGCAGCUCAUGGGGGCAGCAGUGGUCAGCGCCAUCGCGGGCAUUGCUCUGGUGCAGCACCAGCAGGGCCUUGCCAACCCAGGGCUGGUGGGCCUCGUGCUGUCUUAUGCCUUGUCCUUGACGGGCCUGCUUUCCGGCCUGGUAAGCAGCUUCACACAGACGGAAGCCAUGAUGGUGAGCGUUGAGCGCCUGGAGGAAUAUUCCUGUGACAUCCCCCAGGAGCCCCAGGGCCAGCCACUACAGGUAGGUCUGCCCUGCCACCCUAGGCCAGAGCUUCCGGCCCUGGGGAAUCCUCCAGUCCCCCAGCUCUUCCCCUUUGCUCCUUGCCAUCUUUUCCACAUCUCUGAGCCUCUUCGCCUGACUGCCGCCCUUCUUCACCCAUGCCCUUCAUCUCAUCACUCCCUGUUUCCUCUCCCUCUACUCUCACUCCAGCUGUUCUUCAUUCUUUCCCCGCCUUCCGUCCUUUCGCCCAGUCCUUGCCAUCAUCCUUCCUUCACCUCUUGUCCACAGUCACCCCGCCAGGGCAGCAGCUGGCUGACCCAGGGAAGUGUGGAGUUCCGGGACGUGGUUCUGGUAUAUCGGCCAGGGCUGCCAAAUGCCCUGGACAGGGUGACAUUCCGCGUGGAGCCCGGAGAAAAGCUGGGCAUCGUGGGCCGUACUGGCUCUGGCAAGUCUUCCCUGUUUCUGGUGCUCUUCCGGCUGCUGGAGCCCAGCGCAGGGCGGGUGCUGCUGAACGGUGUGGACACCAGCCAGCUGGAGCUGGCUGAGCUCAGAUCCCAGAUGGCUGUCAUCCCCCAGGAGCCUUUCCUGUUCAGUGGGACUGUUCGGGAGAACCUGGAUCCCCAGGGCCUACAUGACGACAGGGCCCUGUGGCAAGCCCUAGAGCAGUGCCACCUGAGUGAGGUGACCGUCGCUGCGGGUGGCCUAGACGGAGAGCUGGGCGAAAGGGGCCGGAACUUGUCCCUGGGGCAGAGGCAGCUGCUGUGUCUGGCCAGGGCUCUUCUUACAGAUGCCAAGAUCUUGUGCAUUGACGAGGCCACCGCAAGUGUGGACCAGAAGACAGAGCAGCUGCUCCAGCAGACCAUCUGCCAACGCUUUGCCAACAAGACAGUGCUGACCAUUGCCCACAGGCUCGACACAAUCCUCAGCUCCGACCGUGUGCUGGUGCUCCAAGCCGGGAGGGUGGUAGAACUGGACUCCCCCUCAGCCCUGCGCCACCAGCCCCACUCCCUGUUCCAGCAGCUCCUGCAGAGCAGCCAGCAGGGAGCCCACCCCCUCCCUGCAGGGUGCUGAGCCCCUUCCCACCAGGGCUGCCCGUUUGCACUCUCCUCUGUGCGUCUACCUCUCCUCCGCCUCCCCAGAGGGGAGCGGGCACCCUGGCUUCCUCUAGGAAAGCCACUCAUAGGUGGGCCGGAGGCUGAGGCUUCCCCAGACCCCGCCCACCAUGGGCCUCUUCACCCAGAAUUCUGGGCCAGUUUUUCUUCCAUAAAAGCCCACUUGCAUUUUAAUAAUUUUAUUUGAUAAAAUUCC